AUGGGUUUAGACUCAUGUAGUGAAGAAAUGGAAUGUCCAGCUGCUAAACCCUCUGAAACCCCUUCCAAUAUCCCUGAUCUGGUUUCCAAAUUUGCAAAAGUUUGUAAACUUCGGUCCAUUGGGGUCUUUACUUCUGAGAAUCAUUGCGAUGAUGGUGGUCAAGGGGCUCCUGUUUUCUUGGAUGAAAACAAGAAAGGUUUGACCAAAGAGAAAUUCGAUUCAGGGAAGCUCUGUCCUCGGUAUGGCGAGGAGGGGAGUAUUAAAGGAUGUGGAUGUUGUCUUAUGGAUAUUUCCGAACUGUUUGAUUCUGUUUCUGCUGUGAAAGUUGCUUAUGUUAAGUUUCAAGAAGCUCACAUUCCAUAUGACCAUGAAAAGAUUGUUGCUGCUGACAAACAUAUGGUUGAUCAGCUUGGCCAACUGUGCAAAAUCAAACAGUCUUUUAAGGAAAAGAAAAAGAAAGAAGAGAAUUCUGUUGCUGCUUGUUCGGCUCUGGUGAAGAAAGAAAUUCAAGUCCAGGAGAGUCUUUUGGAGCAAUUGAAGUCAACAGUUAAAAUGAAGGAGAGUGCUGUGGUUAAAUUGCAGAGAGAACUCCAGGAUUUGGAGUUGAAGAACAAAAGCUUGGCCGAAGAGUUCAAGCAGCAAGAGAAAGUUAGGGUCAAUGUUCUGCAUACUCAUUCCUUUGAAGUGAUUGUCAAAGCAGUUAGGAUGGCAAUUCAUGAUUUUGCUAAGCCAUUGAUUUCCUUAAUGAAAGUCUCUGGUUGGGAUUUAGACCAAGCUGCUAAUGCCAUCGAGGCUAAGGUUGUUUAUGCCAAGAGGUCCCAUAAGAAGUACGCAUUUGAAGCUUACAUAGCCCGGAGAAUGCUCAAUGGAUUUUCAUGCCAGCAGCCAUGUGAUACGCAGAGGAUUCUUAAAUUCAAUGAUCCUAUAAAUGCUCUAAUCGAAGAUCCACAUUCUGAUUUUGCAAAAUUUUGCCGGAAGAAGUACCUCGUGUUGGUUCAUCCAUGGAUGGAAACAUCAUUUUUUGGAAACUUGGAUCACAGGACAUUUGUGGCCAAUGGUUUGCACCCAUAUACGCCGUUUUACAGGGCAUUUGUUAAGAUGGCCAAAUGGGUCUGGUGUCUUCAAGGAUCUAUUGCUUCAUCAACUACCCCUAAGAUUGAGACCUUUACAGUUACAAGAGGGGCUGAAUUUUCAGAUGUUUAUAUGGAAUCGAUCGAGGAGCUGAAAGAAAAUGCACUAAUGUCUGGUCAAGAAGGGGCGAGAUAUAAAGUCGAAUUCAUGAUCUUGCCUGGGUUUAAAGUUGGUAAGUCGGUGAUCAGGUCUCAAGUUUAUCUUUCAAAAGUGAACUCCGAAGGUUCUAAAUUUUAA